AUGGAUUCCCAGUUGGCUGUGCAAACGGGUUACAAAGGCAAGAUUAUGAUACCAGAGGAUGAUCUAGCGGAGCUGAGAUUCGACGGUUUUACUGUGAAAGAUAUUGCGGCAUUCUAUGAAAUUUCGCCAAAAACGGUCCAACGCCGGUUGCAAGAAGCAGAUCUAAACAGGAAGAACUCCAUGGUUGCUGACGAUGACCUGGAUAUUGCUGUUACUGAAAUUUUGGAGUCCUUUCCAAAUGUGGGAUACAGAUUUGUACGGGCGCAGUUAAAGUCUAAUGGAUUAACUUUGCCACGUCACAGGGUGAUCAGUUCCAUGAGACGGUUGGAUCCGUUUGCCGUUGCCAUGCGCUUUUUCCGAUUUGUUCCUUGCCGGCAGUAUUCAAAUCCCGGGCCGAACGCAUUGUGGCACCUGGAUGGCAAUCAUAAACUGGUUCGAUGGGGUAUUGUUGUGCACGGAAUUAUUGAUGGAUACUCUAGGUUUGUCGUUUCGCUACUGGCUGCGACAAAUAACCGUGCGAGUACAGUUCUGCAAGCUUUCGUCAAUGCCUGCGCGUCAUCCGGAGUGCCAUCUAGAGUUCGCACAGAUUGCGGCGGGGAAAAUUUUGGCGUUGCCCGCUGGAUGGAGCAUUACAUGGGUCCGAAUCGUGGAAGUAUUAUUAGAGGGCCUUCCGUUCACAUCCAGCGCACUGAACGGUUGUGGCGCGAUCUGGGACGGGUUGUACUGAAAUUGUUUCGAUCCGUUUUUAUACAUAUGGAAAACAUGGGAAUUCUGGAUAUUAACAGCCAGCGAGACGUGAUGCUUCUGCAUCUAAUUUUUGUGGAUCGAAUCCAAAUGAAGCUGAAUAAUUUCAUCUCCUUUUUUAACAACCAUAAACUGGAAACCGAACGUAAUAUGUCUCCUCGGCAAAUUUUCACUCUUGGAUGCCGGGAAAAGAAGCUAAAAGGAUUUUCCUUACAGCAAGUUAUGUUAGGUGAUCCUUUGCCGCAAUCCAAUGUAGAUAUCCCUGAAAAUUUUCCGGAAUUCAUAACGAAUAAUGCGGCGCAUUCACGAGAUUCUGUCCCCGUUUUUGAUAUUGUCAGCCUGUACCCUAAUGAAGCUGCCUUCGUCUUAGCCAAUCUGGACAUUACUCAAGAGGACCGAUUUUACGGAAUUCCUUUGUUUCAAGCGGCCAAAGAAAUGUUGCAUCAAACCUUUCCAUUGAAUCUGUGAAAAAUACGGAAGUUGUUAAUAAGCACCUUCUAUUCUUUAUGUACUGAUUUUAUUGUCGUUAAUGGAUGUCGAAA